AGAAAUUUCAACAAGAAUAACAAAUGGGUGAAGAAAGCUUGAAGAGAAGAAAAGGAGAGGACAAAGGAAGAGAGGACAGACAAUCCAUUCAGAGCCAUGAACCCCAAACGAUGAACCUACAAAAGCAGGUGGGCCUCAUUAGUGGAAUCUGUAUGAUUGUUGGUACAAUUAUUGGCUCAGGUAUCUUCGUUUCCCCAAAAUCUGUGCUUGCCAAUGUUGAAGCGGUGGGUCCUUGUUUAAUUGUCUGGGCAGCCUGUGGAGUUCUGGCAACACUAGGUGCACUUUGUUUUGCUGAGCUUGGUACAAUGAUCACAAAGUCUGGGGGAGAAUAUCCUUACCUCAUGGAGGCAUUUGGCCCAAUUCCUGCAUUUUUGUUUUCUUGGACGAGCUUGCUGGUCACAAAACCCAGCUCAUUUGCAAUCAUCUGUCUCAGCUUUGCAGAAUAUGCAUCAGCUCCUUUUUAUCCAGGUUGUGAUCCACCCCAAGCUGUCAUCAAGUGUCUUGCAGCAGCUGCUAUUGUGGUAAUUACAAUUGUGAAUUCACUGAGUGUGAAGCUGGGAAGUUACCUUCAGAAUUUUCUCACAGCUGCUAAAAUGAUCAUUGUCGCAAUCAUUAUUGUAAGUGGAAUUGUUCUCCUUGCACAAGGAAAAACUGAAAACUUCCAAGAUUCUUUCAAGGGUAGUAAAAUUUCUAUUAGUUCCAUCAGUUUGGCAUUUUAUAAUGGACUCUGGGCAUAUGAUGGAUGGAAUCAACUCAAUUACAUCACAGAGGAACUUAAAAAUCCUUACAGAAAUCUACCACUGUCUAUAAUUAUUGGAAUCCCCUUGGUUACAGUUUGUUACGUUCUGAUAAACAUUUCCUAUUUCACUGUCAUGACUUCAACAGAACUUCUGCAGUCCCAGGCAGUUGCUGUGACAUUUGGAGAUAGAGUCCUUUAUCCAGCCUCUUGGAUAGUUCCUCUCUUUGUGGUAUUUUCGACACUUGGAUCUGCCAAUGGCACCUGUUUUACUGCAGGCAGACUUGUGUAUGUGGCAGGUCGUGAAGGGCACAUGCUGAAGCUCCUGUCCUACAUUAGUGUAAAGCACUUAACACCAGCUCCUGCUAUCAUAUUUUAUGGGGCCAUUGCUAUUAUUUAUAUUAUUCCUGGUGACAUUAAUUCGCUCAUAAAUUACUUUAGUUUUGCAGUCUGGAUAUUUUAUGGUUUAACUGUACUUGCACUUAUUGUUAUGAGGUUUACAAGGAAGAAUCUCAAGAGACCUAUCAAGAUACCCAUCAUCAUUCCUGUCAUAGUGACAGUGGUUGCAAUUGUGUUGGUAUUGGCACCAAUCAUCAGUGCACCUGAACUGCCCUAUUUGUACUGUACUUUAUUUAUACUUAGUGGACUUAUCGUUUAUGUACUUUUCGUUCAUUUAAAAUUCGACUGGCCACAAAAAAUAUCAAAUCCCAUCACUAUGCACCUCCAGAUGCUUUUGGAAGUUGUUCCAGAAGAGGAAGUUACUGAAUGAAGUAUUUCAUAUCCAC